CGCGGAGUGGCGCCGAGCACACAUGCUUGUCUAGAUGAAGAGGGAGUGCAUGCGGUUCCUCAGAGAAGAUGUCUUGUGGACGGACAGCCAGCACAGCAGCAGCCAGGACUCGGUGCUAGGCUCGGAUGGCAACGAGCUUGAGCCCAGCAUCCUGUUCAUCAACAAACUCAACCUUCGGUCGGCAGUCAUCGACGUGGGCGACGCCGACCGCUACCUGCCACUGCGCCGGCCGUCGGCCGGCCGCCUCCUCGGUCUGUGCGGCCGCACGGCCAGCCUCGAGAGCAGCACCUCGGCCGCCUCGUCGUCGCUGCCGCCCUACUGCAGCGAGGACGAGCUCGACGACAAGACCGCCCUUUGCUCGCCAACAGAAGGAAGCAGCAGCUGUCCGAGUCCGGUCGGCGAUGACCCUGCCCUGCAGCUAAGCCCGUCUCCGCAGCUAAGAACGGCGCUUCCCGCCUCCCCGACCCCCACCUUCAACCGCCUCUUCCCUCGACCUAGACAGAGCCAGUCAGACUUCGUAGACCUGCUCUCGGCCUCCUUCGCCGAGGACGCACGACCCCAAGGCCACCCCCGCCAGCCUCAGAGCGAGCCCCCGACCUUCCCACCCCCGCCCCCCUUGGACGCCUUCCAGGAGGUGGAACUCUACCAACAGAACUCGUAUCAGCAGGCUGAGCAGGUUCAUCCUCGAGAGGCGGCCCAGUCUUUCGGCUUCCAGCACGAGUCUUCACCGACCCACGGCCCACCCAGCCCUCUGCCCAGUUUCCAAGACACGUACUCGCCGCGUUACCGUGGCGGCGGCCCUGACUCGACCGGCGCCGACUCGGACCAGGCUUCGUCGCCGGCGCCACCGUCCGUCAGUACCAGCCCACCGGCCACCCUGCAUCUCGCGGCCGCCUUCAAGAUGGCCGUCACUGGAGAGCCGGCCACCCUGAGAUCUUCAAGCCACCUCGACACAGACGAGGACAUGGAAAAGAGCAAUGAGUUUGCGGCGCCGUCUAACUACUUCUACCAAUUCGGCGCCGAUGACUACUACUCCGAUUACCCGUUCGCCGGCGCCGACUCGCACCACGCGGCGCCAGGUGGCUGCUUCAAAGGCGACACCCCGCAGCAUGACUCGUACAGUCUGCCGCACUUCCCGGCAGCGAACGGCGCCGCCGUGGCGCCGCCACCUGCCGACCACCGGCAGCGCCGCGCCUCGCUGCCCGUCCAAAGGGCCGCAGAGUCGCCAAACGUCGCAACCUCGCCGAACGCGGCGCCCACAUCGGCGCCAUCGCGACGCGGAGCCGCUGAUAAGGGCAACGGGACGUCGCAGUUGUGCGCGGUGUGCGGCGACACGGCGGCGUGCCAGCACUACGGGGUGCGCACGUGCGAGGGCUGCAAGGGCUUCUUCAAGCGGACCGUGCAGAAGGGCUCCAAGUACGUGUGCCUGGCGGACAAGAACUGCCCGGUGGACAAGCGGCGGCGCAACCGGUGCCAGUUCUGCCGCUUCCAAAAGUGCUUGAUCGUCGGCAUGGUGAAGGAGGUGGUGCGCACCGACCUGCUCAAGGGCCGCCGCGGCCGUCUGCCCUCCAAGUCCAAGACGCUGCACGAGUCGCCGCCCAGCCCGCCCGUCUCGCUCAUCACGGCGCUCGUGCGCGCCCACCUCGACACCUCACCUGACCACGACAAUCUCGACUACUCGCAGUACUGUGCUGCGCCGAUCAUGCCGCAGACAGAGGCUGAAAAGGUCCGUCAGUUCUACAGCUUGUUGACCACAUCUGUCGACGUGAUUCGCUCAUUUGCGGAAAAAAUCCCCGGCUUUGCCGAUCUCAAAAAAGAGGACCAGGAACUGCUCUUCCAGUCGGCAUCGCUUGAGCUUUUCGUCCUGAGGCUAGCCUACAGGACCCGGCCGCAGGACCAAAGACUCACCUUCUGUAACGGCGUGGUGCUCGACCGACAACAGUGCGCCCGCACCUUUGGCGACUGGCUGCCGGCUAUCUUCGAGUUUUGCGCCUCGCUGCACGCUAUGGAGAUCGACAUUUCAGCCUUCGCCUGCCUCUGCGCGCUCACUCUCGUUACUGAACGUCACGGGCUGAAGGACACGCGCGCCGUGGAGCAGCUGCAGAUGAAGAUUAUCGGCUCGCUGCGCGACCACGUAACGUACAACGCGGAGGCGCAACGCAAGAACCACUACUUCAGUCGGCUGCUGGGCAAGUUGCCCGAGCUGCGUUCGCUCAGCGUGCAGGGCUUGCAGCGCAUUUUCUACCUGAAGCUGGAGGAGCUGGUGCCGGCGCCGCCGCUCAUCGAGAACAUGUUUGUAGCCAGCCUUCCCUUUUAGAUCUCCUUUAUUUCGUUGUCGUUGUUGCUGUUGUUGUUGAAGUUGUUGACGCCGGCCGCGGAAGGCGCGCCGGCGUGCGAGAGCUAGAGCGUGUGCUGACAAAUGGCUGUUAAUAUUUUCUCAUCCUUCCGAGGGAACCGCGGUUUCGAUUCCGGAACUCGCACGGGUCACCUCGGACCACGUGUUCUCCCAUCACAUUUCAGUACGUGUGUGCGAAAGCAAGCAAACUCGCGAGACAUGAGUGCUGUUGACCGCGAGGGAAAACUAGACCGACCUCCUGGCGAGCGCAGAAAAUUUUCAAAUUCAUGCCGAGAUGAGGCUCUAGUUUUCCUGCACGGAUCAUAUCACUUCAUAUAAAUAUGUGAGAUAAAUAAUAUAUAUAUAUAAAUGUAUAUUGAUCGUGUAAUUUUAAUUCAAAAACACUGUUUUCAAAGAGACUGAGCGAGGAUUUUCUGCGGAGAGAGGAAAUGUGAUGUCGUACGUAAAUAUUAACAUAAAAAAUGGUAACAAACGGGAAGAGAGAAUCUUUUUAAAUGACAGUUGGUAACAAUUUAUUCUUGUACUGCUCCAGACGCGCACCUCUAUUCAAACUUUCAUUCAUCUCUACGUGAGCGUUGUUAAAAAUGGAUAAUGUCUAAUGGUGUUCUCUCUCUCCCUUACAUUUUCGCGAGUUUGUACUUUAAAGUGUUUUCCCCUCCGAUGAAUCGACGACUGGCCGUGCGAAACACGCGGAAGAGAGAAUGACUAGUUGACACAAAUGCAAGACUUCUAGCUACUUUACCCUGAUUAGGACCUUGCAAAACAAUCAAUAGCACAAAAACCCGUGAAAACACAAAACAUAUAAAUAAUCUUUUAGCACAAUAAGACCAGUUUCCGAGUAAAUUUGUUUCCAACCGGACCAAAGUCGCGGAAAUUCUUAACAUCAUUUCCACGGCGGUCUCCAAGCGCAAUAAAUUCGAAUUCGCCUGUGCGCAAGAACGUAGUGUUCGCCUGGAGUUUGUAUUGAGCAAAACUUCUUUUGACACAUUGAGAGGCAAAAUUUAUGUUUAAUAAAUUCGAAAACUUUUUUCCAUCUGCAUUUGAUCUGAAACAUUACCGUUGAAAAUGAAGCUAUCGUCGAAUCACUGCUGAUUUGCUUAGUAUUAAAAAUAAUUUCACGCGUGUUCAUGGUGUGAUCUAACACUGCAGACUGUCCGAACAGGCGAAUUAGGUACCUAUAACAGUAGCCAGUUAGAAAGAAAGAAGCACGUUUUGCAGCAGACACUUAUUAGCAUUUAGCAGGAGUAACGAUUUUAAUCGCAUAAAUAGACAUUUAAUUAUAAUUAGCAGCGCAACACGGUCCAAAUUACAUAGCAAUACAUACGCAGGUGUUAAUUUAGUGCAAGUAACUUAACCACUUCCGACCCUUUCAUUCUGAUAUAUAUAGUUCAUAGUUUUGUAUUUCUUCGGGGACACGACCGUAUAAAGACACGCAUUUGAUGCACCUUACAAUUAGCUUAUAACUCUAGCGAGUAGCGCAACACACACUGUCAUAUCAACACACCGUUUGUAAAAGUAGAUAAUGGAGUAUUCAAGAGAGGGCAAUCACUGCUUUGGUUCGGUCUUUUCGAAAAGUUUGAAACAAAAAUCAAUUAUAUUCUCCUCCUUCUCGAGCACGUUUUGGUGUUUUAGUCUUACAAUCAUAUGAAAAAUAAUUCAAAAAAUAGAUGAAUGAUGAAAAGCGUUUUGGCUAAAAAUAUGUGCGUCAGAUAUUAUUCUAUACAACAUACUGUUAGGUGUUUUUUAUUCACGAAACUUUUUACGGAACUUUUGAAACUAUUAUAGAUUUGUGAAAAAGAGAGAACUCGGAGAAGCUGUAUUUUCUACUUGGAAAUUUUUAAUUCUAGCUUUUAAGAUUUUGGGCCGCCUUCUCUUUUGUCACUCGCAAAAGUUUGAGUCGCACGCGCAAAACUCGCACAAAAGGUGGAAUUUUGUGAAAAGUCCACGAAGAGAGGACGCGCGGCCCAAAAGUGAAAAGAAAUACGACGAAUUGGCACAAAGUGUUAGACGCGAUUGUGUAUUUUUUUAAUUUUAGUUUUCUAAACCAAAGAAAUUGUGUACUUUUUCAGCUAUUUUGAUUGCCUGUUUGUUUGGCGACAAAUGUUUCCUUAGAAAAUGACGAAAAUCUGCUAAAAAGGUGAAAGACACGGCACAAAAACGAGUGCGCCUCGAAAUUGUACUGUAAAUGAGCCCACUCGGAUGGAGAAGAGUCCCUUGUCAGACAAGAAAUCAAUAAUCCAGCAAGAUCAAUGGCUAUAAUGAAUGUGUAUAUUUUACUUCCUUUUGUUGACUAUUGAAGUUUUAUCAUCAUAUUAUUCAGUACGUAAUAGCACUAUAUAUAUUUUGCAGUGUAUAAAAUAAAACACAAUCAAAACCAUACAAAAUCUUGUUUCAAUUUUACUCGAAACCUCCAGCUCAUGAACUUAAAUCAUAUAAUCCGCAUGAGCAUUAACACUAGCUCAUUUAAUUCAUGCUUAUUUAAACCUUGGAAUUCAUUAAAAUUUGUUCAGAAAAAAAAUAUUUUCAAAGAUCUCUUUUGAAAAAUGCAAGUUAAGUGGAUUUACGAAUUAGGCACGAAAUAAAAUAAAUUUUACGAAAAGUACGAAUGUCACAGUUUCGACUAAAUUCUGUUAGCGUCAAUUUUGUGAUUAGGGUUAUUAAAGCUUCUACUACUUUUUGAACUGCAAAAACAAAGUGAUUAAUCAGUCUCAUGUUUAAAAAUUAUUUUUUCACAUCCAGUAUUUAACAAACCUAUCAAUUAGUCAAUUAAAUUUGAUUAAAAAAGAUACAAACUUUAUAGUUGGGUUAGUUUUAUCUCUUCUGUUAGAACGAUCCCACUUGAUUUGAUUUCAAUUGGUAAAUUUAAAUUUUGUGUUGGAAAAUGUAUAUUCUUUUAAUUCUCUCCGAUUUUAAUAGUACCUUCCACACGAUCUAUUAUUUGUAUAUUUAAAAAUUAAAUCUGCUGGGUAAAGACCGAUUAUAAUCUCAUCAAAUGGAUAAGCUAGUGCGCAGUUGUGUAUCGUAUUUGAUGUAUAUACGUCAUGAUUUUGAGUCCAGAAAUAUAUUGAAUCCAAGAUGUGUGUGUGUGUAUAUAUAUAUUUAAAAGUUCGAAUGAACAAUUCCAUGAGUUAAAACAGUGAAAAAUAUAAAUCUGAUGAGUGACUAAGAACAAUUAAAAUGACACCUCUUUUAUUCUACAAAUCUAUUUUAUUUAUUUGGAAGAUGUUGAUCGUGCAAAUUCCUCGUUGAAAUCAAUUGCAGCAUAUGAAUGUAACGUUUUUGUGCAAUAAAUAUAAUUAUAAAAAUU